AUGUCGAAUAUUUCGAUUUUGGUUUAUGAAAGAGAAUUUAAUUUGAAAAAAUGGUUUAUUUAUUGGAUACCGAAAAACCGAAUUUUAGGUGGGAUUUUUUUAUUUUUGAAAAUGAAAACUUAUAAUUUCAGGAGUCAAAGACUCGAAAAAUAUUGCCUAUGAAAAAAUAGUUCCAAUUCAAACUCGUAUGGAUUUGAUGAAAGUUUCAAAAACAUUAGUCGAAGAAACAUGGAGGUAUUUUUGAAAAAUUCUUUCAAUUUUUGGAAAUCUCAAAGUUUCAGUGAUAUAUUCGCUCAAUCUGCUUUACAUAUCGAUCAAAUUUCGGAAAAAGAACUCGUUUUGACAUUUGCUCUUCAAAGAAAUAUAACAUUGGAAAGAUGUGAAGAAAUAUCGGGACAAUUUGAUGAAUUGUUAUAUCAAGAAUAUACGGUGAGGAGUUUUUGGAGCAAAAGGUUUUUUUUUAAAUAAAUGAAUCUGAAUGAAAAAAAUAGUGGGUCUUUCGGUAAAAAAAAUUAGUUUCAUGUUUUUGAUGAGUCCAAAAAUAUUGAUUCUAUUUAAUUUAGAAAAGCAACGCACUUUGAAAAAAUAAAACUUUUUCACUGCCAUUUUUUUUGAAAGAAAGUGAUUCAUAGCCCAACUUCAAAUUCCUAUUUUCAGCGUCUCAAAACAAUUCUAAAUUGUUCUCCAAAACCAGAAUCGACUAGAAAACGAACAUCUUCAAAAAUCGAGGAAUCGACAGAUUCCAAAUCCGGAAUCAAAAAUGUUCCAAAUAUUGCACCACUUCGAAAAAGAACUUCAAAAAUAAUCAGUAAACCAACUGGUCCAACUUUUGAAUAUGACGAAUAA